AUGGCGCUGGCUGUGUGGACACUGCUCGACCCUCUGGCGGUCUUUGUAGUGGACGCCGUCCUGGGGCGUUUGGCCUACAGUGCCGAGCACCCAGUGGGUGAUGCUGCCAAGCUCUACUGGCACCUCCUCAAGACGGAGCAGUCAGGGGCAGCGGGCAUCAUCGUCACCCUCUUCCUGUAUGCCGUCCACUUCCUGCUCUCCCUCACCAUCCUCUACAUAUACUUCAUCAGGCUCCACAACGAUGGCCGUGUCUUGGACGUUUACCAACGCCUCCACAGUCCUGAAGGGUCUUUCUUCGUCCCUCAAGAUCUGGAAGUGUCCAAUCAGGAGCUGAACUACAUCAUCAAGAAAGCUGAGCAGUGGAGGGGAUUCAAUGGGGAAAGGCGCAAGGUGGCAGUGUACGACUACAUCUGGACGGAGGAGGAGCCUGGAGCGGUGAGGGGUGGGCCGGACCCCCCCAGGGCUACUACGCCUGCGGGGGAAGGCGGCGGCACCGGCGGCGGAGACCGCAGCACCCACGUGUCCAUCUACACGCUGCACCUGAGCGGCCUCAGACAGCGCUACAGGCACUUCCUUAGGCAGCCCGAUGGGGCCAUCGUGGAGGUGAUAGGUGACAUUGAUGGUGUUCCACAUGUGGACGAUGAGGCGUCUCAGGCAGGACACACGAUGUACAAGGAGGAAGAGGAGGAACAUGUAGCCAGCUCCUCACAACAGCUCAGAGAGAGGAAGAGGAAGAAGCCCUUUUUCCCCAUGCACGUCUCCCUGAGACUCCCAUUCACUGGACCCAGGAGAGACGGUGGAGAGGAGAACAAAGAGAACCUGGGAAAUACAAAACUUAAAGAGCCGCACUUUGAUAGUCUGCGGUACCUUGUGGAGAAGCUCAGCUAG